AUGCUGGGACAAGCCGUAAGACGAUUCGCAACAUCUGCAGUUCGUUCUUCACAUUAUUCUGAGGGACCAGGGAAGAACCUGCCAUUUUCUGUGGAGAACAAGUGGCGCCUGCUGGGCAUGAUGGUGGUGUUCUUUGGCAGCGGCUUUGCUUUCCCCUUCAUUGUCGUCAGACAUCAGAUCCUAAAGAAAAGAGUGGAAGAGGGAGGGGAGAAAGAGCAGCGCCGCAGCGGACAAGAAGCCACCACCAACCACCAAACCCAGAACUAA